UCAUUGGAUGAGAGAGGGUUUCACCACUUAUGACCAAAUAUGGCCAGUGUGGGCCGUGUGCAGACUGAGGAACGAACGUGCAGCUGAGGUAUGAUAAGAGGCACAGGCACCGCCGAGUUGCAACAAGAACUUUUAAAGCCCAGGACAAAAAGAAAACCAUGAAAGUAAACACCGAGCCCAUGAAGAGAACGUGAUUUGCCGCCAAAGCAGGAUCUCCGAUUCCAAUUUUAAAGACUCAUCUAGAUCUGUGUUGGAUUCAUAGAAGGUUAUCUGACUGACCGUGAUACCGUAUAUCCCAUCAUGCCUCUGAUUACGUUUCCCACGUCCCAGCUGCUAUGGGUGCGAGUUGCUGCCGUGCUCUUCACCUGCGUGGCGUUCAGUGUCGUGGCACAAGGCGGCGCGCUGCCCCACGGAGGCAUGGCCGACUGGUGCAUCUUCUGCUGGGCGUUCAGCUUUGCGUGCACCCUGCUGGUGCUGCUGGUGGAGCAGUUUGGCCUCCAGGCACGAAUCCCAGUGUCCUGGUCCAAUUUCCCCAUCACCAUCGCCUGCUACGCUGCCCUCCUUUGCUUCUCGGCCUCUAUCAUCUUCCCAGUCUUUUUCCUCAAGGACCAGCAUUAUAACAAAGAGGUCCGCGACCACCGCAUUGCCUCCACCGUCUUCUCCUGCCUGGCGACGGUGGUCUACAUAGCCGAGGUGAGCCUCACCAAAGCGAGACCAGGAGAGGUGGCAGGCUACAUGGCUACAGCGCCGGGAUUACUGAAGGUGUGUCAGACCUUCGUGGCCUGCGUCAUCUUCAUCCUGGUCAGCGACCCUGUGUCGUACGACCAGCACGCGGCGCUCAAGUGGUGCAUGGCCGUGUACUGCAUCUGCUUCAUCCUCUCCAUGGCCGUGGUGGUGCUGUGUUUGGGAGAGUGCACCGGCUGCCUGCCCAUCCCGUUCUCCAAGUUCCUGUCGGCGUACGGCCUCCUGGCGGUCACCAUGUACCUGACCGCUACCAUCAUCUGGCCCGUGUUCCAGUUUGACAAACAGUACCAGGGCAGAAGCCGGGCGUCGUCGAACGUGAUCGCCGUAGCUGUGCUCACUGCCCUCAACUUCCUGCUUUACCUGGCCGACCUGGUCUACACCGCCAGACUAGUGUUUGUCAGUGUGUGAGAAGAUGAGGUGAAGGAGGGGAAACACACGGAAAAGACUAAAAACCUUUGCUGCUUAAUUGUGAAAUGCUCUGGUUAAAGGGACAUUUCAGGUUUUUUGUGUGCUUCUAUGAGGGAUUUCCACAUAGGCUUCUAAAAUAAGACGCAGAUUGAUUGAUGCGUCACGAUCCAAUUAAUUUGUUUGGCUAGUUCGUUAUGACCCAAAGUGUUGUCCUUUCCACAGCUGACUGACAUUUUUCCAUAAAAUCAUCUCACACCCUACCUUUAAAGCGCCUAUACAGUGAAGUAACUAGCUUCUAUGCUAACAGCUGGAAUAUUAAUGUCAUGCCUUAGCACAGCACCAGAAAUGACACCUGAAUCAGCGUCACAGCCAAAAAGUGAUGCAGGGGAAGAAGAAAUUGGCGUCUUCACCCAGGGUUUUUUAUUCCCACGAAUGCCAAUUGGAGCCGAAGCCAAAAACAAACGACUAGUUUAAACCUGGGAUUAACCAGGUUUUUGACCAGUGGGUGUGGUAUACUGGGGUGGAUUCCAAAUGUAGUCGGAAUUUCCAAGGGAACGCCCCUUGACUCAACCUCAGUCGUAUUUGUUUUGUUUUAUCCUUGGACAUGUUGCUCUGCGGUUUGUGUGCAAAAAGUCCGGUGUAGAAUUGGUAUUGCUAACAACACCUCACCUAAAAUCAUCCACAGUAUCUUAAGUUUUGAAGUUUUUAAACUGCUCAUUCAGGCACAAAUGUCCAGAGAGAAAAGUAAACAUAAAGGACAUAUUCUGAAGACAUCCAAGCAUUAAGCAGGUGUAGAACUUCAUAAAAACACACUGCAAAAAAACCCUGAACUAUCCCUUUUUCAAUGCUUGUUUACUCACUUGCCAUAUACGUGUGUUUUAUCAUGUGCACAGUGCAUGUUUCUUUUUUUUCUUUUUUUUUCAUUUAUCCAUAAUGACAGUAUUUAACCUCAGAUGUGACUUUUGUUAAGUGUGCAACACGAGUAUGAGGCGGAAGGUCCAAACGAUGGUUAUUUGUGAAAAAUAGAGGACGUGUGUUUACAUUUAAAUUAAGUCAAACACACUGGAAAACACAAGGAAUAAGAAAAAAAACAAAACUUUUUUUAUCAUAGACUGGCAUUUUUUUUUGUUUGGUUUGUGAUGGUGAAAGCCCCUUGUGCAAACACCCAUCACUCACAUUUGUUUAGUUUCUGUCUUGUCUUUCUUGCGUCAGAGUUUGGGAGAAAUAUGUGGAAAAACAACAGUAUUGACACUUUUGAAUGCUUUUGUUUAUUGGCAAACCAAUAAAUAUUGUGUGAAAUUA